CCGCAGUCGUUUUUAUCUUUCGACGCAAUACUUGGGCUUUUACUUUGAAAAAACUUGUGAUCUAAUUCCAGUUAUUCGAGUUGGAAGUUGGACCAGAAUCUAAACGGCGAGAGCCCCGCUAGAACCCAAAAAAGAGGGAAAAAAAUAAAGAGGCCGGCUGGCGAACAAGCGUGUGUUGCGGUGGUGCUUUCUUUCCAAUUUCCGGAGGGAACCGCGAGAGUUUGGCCGCAGCCUCCGCGGACACCGCAUUGUUCGCUCCAUCGUGCUGGCUGGCACGACUUAGAAGAACCGCAGGAGGAUAAACCCACCCGACUGACCGACCGACCGGAAACUGUCACUUGGCCCACAUUAUUUAUUUAUAUUUUUGGACGAAGACGCCAAGCGGUUUCGGAUGAAUUCCGAUGACGACUGCUCCCUCGGGCGCCGGUGAACCGACGGCUGUUUGGCGGCCAGCUAGCCAGUGCCCGCUCGCAUCAUGUCGGCGGCGCGGACCCAGAAGGAGGGCGAGGGGAAGGAGUCUCUGGGUCUGAGUCCUAAAGAGCUGGUCUUGGCUGAGGCCUUGCAGAUGGAGUACGACGCUCUCUCCAGGCUCAAGCGGGACAAAAAGAGCCCCGAGGCCCCUCGUGCCACUCCGUCCCUGACUGGACCGCCCCCAGGAGAUCGCCUCUACAUCCCCGACGGCCCCGCCGACUCCCGAACGCUCCCUAAAAACUUCCCUGACGAGGACGACGAGCCCCCCGCCAUUCCGCCCCGGAACCCCGUCCCGCCGCCCUCAUCUUCGCUGAGGGAUGUCAAUGUAUACACGCCUGACGCGACGGACAACUUGACGGCACAGGCCGAUGGUGGCCGAGGCGAGCGGCCAGGGAAGCCUGUGGGGCGGAGUGACACCCUCCCGCCUCGGGUUCCGCCCAGGACGUACGCGCCAAUUGCCAAAAGCGACAAGAACCGUCGCCGGGCCUCAGCAGAGCCGGUGACUGCGGCCUUCCGGAUGAACGGCUCGGGCUACCAACUCUUCCAGGUGUCGGAGGAGCGGGACGAGGAGGUCGCAGCCUUCUGCCACAUGCUAGACGUGCUGCGUUCGGCGUUCCCGCAUGGUGACCUCUCCAAAAACGCCGGCCUGGUUUGGUCGCCAUGGGAGGAGCUCCACCAGAGCGCAGGGGUUAGCGUCAAGGUGACUGUCAUCAGCGCGCUCUUCAGGGAGCCGCUCACCUUCACCUGUGACGGUUCAACCACCGUUGACCUGAUCAUCUACCAGACGCUGUGCUACGCUCACGACGACCUGGACCGCCUGGAUGUGGAAGACUACCUGCUCAAGGUCUGCGGACUGGACGAGUACCUCCAAAACUGUCAGACUUUGGCAGGUUUGGAGUUUGUGCAAGAGUGUUUGAAGUUUGAGCGUGACGUCCGACUGAUCCUGACCGAGAGAUCGGCCGUCGACACGGAGCUGGCGCGCACGAAUAACGACGACCAGCUGGCAUCCACUUUGAACCACGGCAUCCUGCUGCAGGAGCGACCCAUCAAACAGACAGUCACCAGGGAAGCGCUGACGCUGCUGCUGGACACGUUCCACAACGAGGCAGAGUCCUUUGCGCUGUCUGAGGUGGACCUGGGACCGCGUGUGGAGCGGCUGGUGCAGUCGGUGAAGGCACUGUGCAGCUCUCUGGCGGCCGUGGAGACGCCCGACAUAACGGCGGCGCUGGGGCGCCUGCCCGCCUGCCCAUGCCGACCUCAGCCCAAAGUGCUCAAGGACGCAUCGGCGCUGUCGGUCAAGGAGAACCGAGAGAAAGUGGUGGAGGGGUUGACGGCAGCCAUCUUGGACCUGGUAGAGCUGUACUGCGGCACAUUCAACGCCAACUUCCAUACGGUGCCACAGAGCCGCGCCGGGGCCGGCGCCGUCCAGGAAGCCGGACUAACCGCCGGGGUGCUGGCCUUCAAUGUGUACGCCGCGCACCGAGUGCCCGUCACCUGGGCCGCCAGUUACGAGGGCUUCUUCCUGUCGUGCGCGCUGACUCACGGAGGGACGGAGCUGUGCGCGCCCCAGCACACCAGCAAACAGUCGGUCAGCAAAUACCUCUUUCACCUGGUGGUGUGGGACCAGAGGGUGACGUUCCCGCUGCAGAUCAGUCAGCUUCCCCGAGAGACGCAGCUGACGGCCACGCUGUACGCCAGCUGCCUGCCGCCCCCUUGUGGCAGCGGCGAAGACAAGGCCAAACAGAAGCGCGGUGCCGAGGCACUGGGAUGGGUCACUGUGCCGCUUUUUGACUUCAGGCACGUACUGACCAGCGGCAGGAAGUUGUUGGGUUUUUGGCCUUGUGGCCCCGGGGGGAGCGUCAACGCCAGCUCCGGCGAGCCCAAUUUUAGCCAGCCGGACAGUGUCAUCCUACAGGUGGACUUCCCGUUGCGGGCCCACGAAGUCCGCUUCAGCACUCCACCGCCCGCCGACUUUUGCCCUCGUUAUGACUUCUCCAGACUAGACACCCUCAGCCAGGCGACGCUACGAGACAUCUUACACAAAAAGGCCUCCUUCUGGUUGACUGCGGAGGACAAGCGGGCGCUGUGGGAGAAGAAGGCCUUCUGCCAGGCGGAGAGCGGUGCCCUCCCGCUGGUGCUGGCUAGCGCCCCCUGUUGGCAGUGGGCCCUCCUGCCCGACAUCUACGCCCUGCUGCGGCAGUGGGCCUGCCCCGGCCACCCGGACGCCCUGGGCCUAUUGCACGCCUCUUUCCCAGACCAGGAGCUGAGGAGGACAGCCGUCCGGUGGUUGGAGUCUGUCUCUGAAGCUGAGCUUUUGGACUUCCUGCCUCAACUUGUGCAGGCCUUGAAGUCCGAGUGUUACCUGGACAGUGCCCUAGCGCGUUUUCUGUUGCGCCGCGCCACGGGAGACGUCAGUGUGGCUCACUACCUCUUUUGGCUGCUGAAGGACAACCUCCAGGACAGUCAGUUCCGCGCUCGCUAUCAGCACCUGCUGGCCGCCCUGCUGUGCUGCGCGGGUCGCGGCCUUCGCGAGCAGCUUGACCGCCAGUGCUGGCUGGUGUCCAUCUUGGCCAAGGUGGCCCGGAGCGUCCGAGACGCCGCGCCCUCCGCCAGACAGGUGGGAGGAAUGGCCCCUCCCUCCUCUCUCGUCCCAUUUAACUUUUUUGUGUCUGCACCAUUUCAGAAUGUCCUUAGAGAAGGUCUGGACGAGAUGAAGCGGUUCUUCUCGCUCAACGGCAGCUGCAGACUUCCCCUUGGCCCGGCGCUGCUGGUCCGGGGAAUCGACGUCCAGGCGUGCUCCUUCUUCAACUCCAAUGCCGUCCCCCUGAAGCUGGCCUUUCAGAACGCUGACCCCUUGGGCGACAACAUCUGCGUCAUCUUCAAGUCAGGCGAGGACCUGCGUCAGGACAUGCUGACGCUGCAAGUCAUCCGCAUCAUGAACAAGAUUUGGAUUCAGGAAGGUUUGGACAUGAGGAUGGUGAUAUUCAAGUGCUUCUCUACGGGCCGAGGCCGAGGCAUGGUAGAGAUGAUCCCUCAGGCCGAUACGCUGAGGAAGAUCCAAGUGGGCCACGGGGUGACUGGUUCCUUCAAGGACCGGCCGCUGGCCGACUGGCUGCAGAAGCACAACCCAGCCGAUGGCCAGUACGACAAGGCCGUGGAGAACUUCAUCUAUUCGUGCGCCGGCUGCUGCGUGGCGACGUACGUUUUGGGGAUCUGUGAUCGGCACAACGACAACAUCAUGCUAAAGACCAGUGGCCACAUGUUCCACAUCGACUUUGGCAAGUUCCUGGGACACGCGCAGAUGUUCGGCAACAUCAAGCGCGACCGGGCUCCCUUUGUCUUCACGUCUGACAUGGCCUACGUCAUCAACGGCGGGGACAAGCCGUCCAGUCGCUUCCACGACUUUGUGGACCUCUGCUGUGAGGCCUACAACCUCAUCCGCAAACACACACAUCUCUUCCUCAACUUACUAGCGCUGAUGUUGUCUUGCGGAAUUCCUGAACUGUCCCGCAUCGACGAUCUCAAGUACGUCUAUGAUGCGCUCAGACCUCACGAAUCCGAAGCAGACGCCACCAUUUACUUCACCAGGUUGAUCGAGUCGAGCUUAGGCAGCGUGGCCACCAAACUCAAUUUCUUCAUCCACAACCUGGCCCAGAUGAAGUUCACUUGCGCAGAGGACGCCCCCUCCUUAUCCUUCGCGCCCCGCGUGCGCUCGGCCAAGAGCGACGGGCUCAUCCGGAGUCUCUACGUCUGCCCGCGGGCGCCCGGAGGCGGCGGAAAAGCUCACACCUACGUGGUGAAGGUGGAGCGCGAAGGGCGGCGUGAGGCACAGUUGGUGCAGAGGACCUUCGAGGAGUUUCACGAACUUCACAGCAAACUAAGGCUCAUGUUUCCCACGUCCAAGCUGCCCAGCUUCCCCGGCCGCUCGGCGAUGGGUCGCUCGCGCAGCGAGGCGGCGGCGGCACGGCGCUGCGACGAACUCAACGGCUACGUGUGGCAUCUGGUGCACGCUGCAGAGGACGUGGCGCAGUGUGACCUGGUGUAUACCUUCUUCUACCCUCUACCCAGAGACGAACAGCCCGGACCCAGCGGCAGCAAAGCAGAGAGCCGUCCUUCGGGCAAAGAGUCGGGCGAGGUCAAACUGUCCAUCUGCUACCGAAACGACAAACUCUUCAUCAUGGUCAUGCACAUACGAGGACUGCAGCCGCUCCAGGACGGCACUGACCCCGACCCGUACGUCAAAGUCUACCUCCUGCCCGAUCCGCAGAAGACCAGCAAGAGGAAGACCAAAGCGGCGAGGCGCACCUGCAACCCCACCUACAACGAAAUGCUGGUGUACGAGCGCAUCCCGUGCGGCGACCUGCAGCGCCUGGUGCUUCACGUGCGCGCACUGGCCGACUGCGCCUUCUGGGACAGCACCCUACUGGGCGAGGCCUUCGUCCCACUGGGGCGCCUGGUCCCCGGGCGACACUGGGUAGACUGGCACCCGCUUGGCGCUGCUAAAGCCUGACGCGGAAAAGACUGAGUAUCCUACUAGUGCCUUCCAUUGUCCGCGUGCCAGGAUACUCGUCGUUUCGUUUCUGCGCACAAAGGAAAAAGGAACAAUGACGUCUUAUUUAUGGCAAAAAUUUUUUGCCACUGGAGGACAUUUCUGCGCAUGAGUAGAAUGAUUCGCUCGCUCGCUCCGGUGCUCACUAGUUGACUUGUGGACCCUUCUGGCGACAGGCAUGCACUUGACGACUAGUUGACAAAUUUGCCUCAGAAGAAGUGACCCAAAAAUGUACAGGAAGUGACCAAGGAAUGCCCCAAUAUAUUAGAAAAUGACUGUAAUCAACAGAAGGUGUCUCGUGAAUGCAAAAUGUCACUUCAUGUUAGAUUUGGGAGACUUACAGGUCACUUUCUGAUGAAUUUGGAGCAUACCCGGGUCACUUCCUAACUUCAUGUUGAUUUUAUGUCUCUUCACAAUUUUGGGUGACUUACGGGUAACACGAAAGUCUCCCAAAACCAACAAGAAAUGCCCCCAAAUCAAAAGGGAAGUGACCAAGAAAUGCCCUAAAAUCAACAGGAAAAUAUACAAAAUGUACAGGAAGUGUCCAAUAAAUACAGGAAGUGACACACAAAUACCUAAAUAAUGAUCAGAAAGUGGCCUAAAAUCAACAGGAAGUGACCGAAAAUUCACAGGAAGUGUCCCAGAAUUUGCAUUUCUUGUAAGAAGUCAUUCUGCGAGUGAGCCAAAUGAUCUUACUAGUGUAGUAAUACAUAAACUGAGUGCACUAGUAGGAGGAGCAAUAAAAGCUUGAAGGUGUCUUAUUGCCAAACGCUCAUGUGAAGGGCUCCCUCUUUUGCCACCAUCGUCACGGCAACGGGACCAGCCAGCGUCAUGUGACUGAACUCAAUUUCAUUCCUUUUAGAAGAUGCAGAUUAGGGACCCUGUGCGGACGCUCGACUUGCCCCCCACAUCCCCAAAUUCUAAUGAAAUACAUUCACUGUGAACUUUGACGAGCAAGCGGCAAAGUAGAAAAGCUUGGUGGCACACAGAAAGUGAAGUCACUGAGCAGAAUGUAAAUGUGUAGCGUGGAAGGAAAUCUUUUUUUGACUUGCCGUUUUCAUCCGAUGAGUAUUUGGAUUAAGAAUUUUCAUUUGCACUAAAAAAAUAAACUUGAAUUGAAAGCUUAUUUGGUCCCAUUUCUCCUUUCUGCAACACGCUUUGGAACUAUUCUGUAAAGUUAAUUGAGCGGUGCCACUUCAUUUUUUUGGCCCCCAGUACAGAUUCCAACACCUGGUUGUGUGGAUUGACUGAUGCCGAUACUGAAGAUGCCACUUUUUUUUUUUUU